AUGAGAUCAACGCAGGCUUACGCCGACCCAAAAGGAAAUAUUAAAGUAAACAUACUUAAUGAAUGUUCCUGAAUACCAUCUUUGGAUGUGUCGUUCCCACCUUGCAAAGGAUCUGUCAAUAAAAAAGGGAAUCUUGCAACAUGGGACACUAGAAAUCUGCCCAUUGGGGGUUUCAACUUGGGAAAAUGUAGCUCUCCGAGUUACCCAUCACCCAUUGAUAGAAUCAGAAGUGGGAAGCAAGAGCGAGCUCUUGCUCUUGGUUGGACUGGAUGGAGAGAUUCAUCAUUUGAAGGCAAUCAGAGCUUUCCACGUAUUUCACGUCCAAAGUUGAGGAAAGAAGACAUUUAUCCAGACACUUUACAUAAAAUCAGAAUGGAUCGUAUUCGAGGAGAUGGCCUAAAUAGCUGCAGCUUCUCUGCAGGCAGGUCAAGAGGCUCUUUGUCCACAAGCCGCAGGGGAUCACGUCUGUCUCAGGCGGCCACAGAUCUUGGCUCUAAUAUUCGCUCUCUGAAGGGCUUCAGUGAUUCGGCAUGGUCAUUCAGCAAUAGCUUUGUGAGUGCACUUGGUGGAGCUAGCAGCAGCUACCCCAUUACAACCAUGAAUCCAAACAAGGCUGUUUUCACAAUUGACAGUAAAACUUCUCAGAUUUUAGUGGUGAAUGGCAUGGCCUGUGGCCUGCUGGGCUUUUCUCCUGAGGAACUCUGUGUGAUGAGAAUUGAUCAGCUCUUGAAUGAGAGGCAUAAAAUGCAAAUCACUGCCUUGGCUGAAGAGCAGCUGGACACUAAGGAAGGCAGCAUGGUAGUUCUCAGUGGAAAAGUGAAAGAGAAAAUUGGGUGUCCUGAUUUACUUGUUACUGCUAAGCGAAUUUACGAAGAUGCCAAUAUGUUACCCCAGGUGGAGAUGUUAACGAAAGAUGGCAACGUGGUUCCUGUCUCUUUGUGGCUUCGGAAGCUGGAGACAGAAAGUCGCUGCUUGGCGGUGGCUGAGCCUGUGGAGAGGAGAGUGGCCAGGCUGGUGAUGGACAGAGCAGGCUGCAUCAUGUCAGCAGAUGCAGAAACUGCUCUCAUUUUCCAGUACGAAGAGGAAGAGUUGGAAGGAGCAGACAUUGCCACAUUAAUUCCAGCUAUCAAGCUUCCUGGGAAUGAGGCUGUAAUAACAAAGGAUGUCAAAAAGCAGAAAGCAACUGGUCGAACCCGUGAAGGAGGCACGUUUCCUCUUUGUUUGCGAAUGGCAGAAGAACCAGUAGAUGACAAGGAUAUGGACAAUAAUGCAAAUUCUGUUCUAUAUUCUGUUGUUAUUUGGGUCUUUGCAAAUAUGAGUGGUUUGGUCGUCUUAACUGAUGAUGGCACAAUUGAAAGUUGUAAUCAUCAUUUUACUCACAUGAUGUUCGGUUACCCACAAUCUGAGCUUCUUGGUCAGAAAAUUACUAGCAUCAUCCCAAAUUUUUGUGAGGAUAUGGAAUAUCUAGGUGACACUACUACCACCUUACCCCAAUUCGACUUGAAUAAGCCUGAAGAGGACGAUAACAGUAAUUAUGAUUCUGCUGUGGAAAACAUGGAUCCAGACAAAUCUCGCAGUAGUAGUGUCCUGGUUGAUUCAGAGUACUCAACUCCUGCUUCACGGGAAUGUUCCAAGUGGAGUCGGCCUGAUUCUGAUGGUAUUGAGAUUCUAAAGAUUGGUGACAUGCCUCAUGCCAGUAGUGAAAACAAAGAUCGAGAAAAUGGCAAUGAUAGUCUUGCUUGUGUUGAGGAAAUUGUAGAUUCCCUCAAUCGGCUCAACUUUGGUAUGAAUUUUGAAUCUCCAGGUGAUCGUCAUCCCUUCACCACCACAACCAAGCAUCGAUCUAAAAUGACCAUUUGCAUUCCUGGCCAAUUGCCCUCAAAUACUAUUCACUCAGGUUCCAGUUCUGAUGCACGAGCUAUACCUCCUGUGACACUUGAUUUGCCUUGUGGAGAUGCUGUCACAGCAGUACUAGCAGAUGAUGACAAUGGUGAAUUAACUCCAGUCGUUUCUCCUCACAUGAAUUUUGUUGAAGAAGAUGACCAGUUUGAAACUGCAUCUGAUGAUGAAGACAGCAUUGAAGUUUUGGCUAGUGAUCAGGGAGGUGAUUUAGGGGAUGAUAAGGUAGACUUGGACCUUGACGGACUGGUGUCUCCCAUUCCGUGCAUCAACACUCCAGAAUUGACAAGGCAGUUGGAUGAAUGUGUUGGUGGUUCACCCAGUGUACGUUGUUUAAAUGGUGCUGAUAGUGUAGAAAAUAGUUUUAACUCAAGUGGUAAAGUUAGUAGUGCUAGUGUGGAAGCAAUUGAUCGGAGAAGUUCUCUGUCCGAGUCAGUGCUUGCCAGAUGUGAAGAGCAAGGCCCAGGGCACCAUAGCCAUGCGCUGGAUGACGAGUGCUUGGAGAGGCCUCUGGACAUGCUGCUCACCUCCAGUCCAGCUGUUGGGAAGAGACUGUUGAAGCGGGUGCUCUCAAGGGAUGUGGACAGCAAAGCCGAUGCUGCCGAGAAGCAGUUUCCAGACGGCAGCUUUAUUGGAUUUGGUCGACACAAAGACGGUUCUAAUUUAGAUAUUGUGUACCGGGUGCGAGGUGUGGUGCUCUCUAGUGGCCGAGUGGUGUACUGUGUGUGGGUCUCCCGGGACCCUGAAGAGGUAGCAGAGGGUGGCCGUGCGGGUGGUGGCAACCUCACCCUCACGUCCAGCUUCAACAGCACCAUUGACAACUCUCUGGGCCAGGUGGGUGUGCUCCUGCAAGACAUGCUGUACCACUUCACAUUUCUAUAUGCCAUUCGGUCCUGUGCGCAGAGCAACGUGCCUGCCAGCGCCGGCAACCGAUCUGGCUCAGUCUCAGUUCUCAGCCAGUGCGAAGAUGAGCAGACGAGUGGAGAAUAUGGAGAGCAUUACUCCACGUUACAGCAAAUUGGAAAAGGGGCCUUUGGCUACGUCAAAAUGGCCUUUCGGAAUGAAGAUGGUCUUCUGGUUAUUACAAAGUUCAUCCAGAAACAGAAAGUUCACCAGCAGUCUUGGGUGGAUGAUCCAACUCUGGGGAGGAAAGUUCCCUUGGAGAUAAGCUUACUCACAACUUUGAAGCACCCUAAUAUUGUGCAAGUUCUAGACGUAUUUGAAAAUGCUAAAUUCUUCCAACUAGUUAUGGAAAAACAUGGUGCUGGUAUGGAUUUGUUUGAAUUUAUUGAUCGGAAGCCAUAUUUAGAUGAAUCAUUGAACAGCUAUAUAUUCAGACAGAUUGUUUCAGCUGUUGAUUAUCUUCACUCUUUGAAUAUCCUUCAUCGUGAUAUAAAAGAUGAAAAUGUAAUAAUAAAUGAAAGAUUCCACGCCAAACUAAUAGAUUUUGGUUCUGCAACAUUUAUGAGUGAAGGCCGUUUGUUCUCUACUUUUUAUGGAACUGUGGAAUAUUGUAGCCCAGAAGUGUUAGCGGGCAAUAAGUAUGAGGGGCCAGAACUGGAAAUGUGGUCUUUGGGUGUAACACUGUAUGUUAUGACAUUUGGAGAGAAUCCUUUCUUUGAUGUUGAAGAAAUAAUGAAGGCUGAAUUGCAUCCUCCUGGCAAGGUGUCUGAAGAACUGACAAGGUUGCUUCACUGGAUGUUGGCAAAGGAUCCCAAAGAGCGAUGCCGUGUACCCCAACUGGUUGCUCAUCCAUGGAUCACUCAGGAUGUAGACAUGUCAGGGUACUGUUUCCAGGAUGUUGUGUCUUGCCAUCCCCAAGAAGCCCAUCCUCCUGUGUUCUAUGCAGAUUACCGUUGCGACUCUGCCAAUGAUUCUCUUUCGCAGCAGUUCCCAAUUACAGAAUCUUCUUCUGCAUUGUUAUCCAAUAAUGAUGAUACUAAUGACAGGACCGUUGGAAGUUCAAAUUCACUUGGUAGUCUUACAACCGUUGAAAACUUUGAAACAGAGGAUGAUUUACCUGGAGGAUCAGUGCGGGUAGCUGAGGUGUUUGGUGCUUGGAGUGCUCCAACUCCUCUCCCUGAAGGGUUGCAGUUUUGGAGGGACGUGGGCUUGGAUGAUGUUGAAACAAAACAAAAUAUUCCUGAAGAAGUGACUAUUGAUGAACAUGUGAAGAAAAGUGUGGGGAAAGUCACACAUUCCCUCGAAGAAGUGGAAGACCUGGUAGACCUGACCAGUGGACUUUCACUAGAGCCUGAAAGUGCGAUUGCAGUGGAGGAGGAUGAUGACUGGGAUCCUGAUGAGUUUUUUUAUGAACAAGAUAGCUUUUCAUGAGUUUAUCUUUCAAGUUUGAGGUGAAGCGCUUGAAUUUUUGGGGAGUAUCAGAACCAACCCAACUGCUGUUUUUAAAGAGACUGAAAACAUUAAUUGAAAAAAAUUUUUGGUAAUUAUUGUAUAUUGAAGUUGCAAGUUGUAUUAUAAAAUAUUGAAGUUGUGUUUUAUUAGUUUGAAGAACUUUUGUGAAUAAAAGUAAUGGUAACACAAUUCCUUCGGUGAUUGCUAUAGGAAUGGUUAUGAAGGGCAUCUCAUGUUGGUACACAAUGCUGCAGACAUUUGUGUAUUUUCAGCCUUUAAUAAUCUAAAUGCUGAAAAUCAGUUAGAUCCAAUGAAGAGUGACUCUUCUGGCUGAGAAAUCAGAGAAAACUGUGAUUGCAAAUUGUAAAAUUGAAUAUUAAACUCCCCUCAUUUUAUGGAAAUGUAGCCCUCGUAGAGUGGAAUUAACUUUUCUCAGGUUUCAUGUCAUUUAUAAUAAAUUUCCCUGCUCCUUCCUCAAAGUUUUUAAACAGUUGUAAUCUGACUUAUCUGCUUUUCAUUGGUGGUGUCUUCAUCUCAGUGUACUAAUCAUAGCAAGCUAGCCCUAUUGUUAUUGAGCUUGAAAGUACAAAUUAGUUGUUGAAGUAUCCUCUGCAAUUGUGUUACUAUUUGCGAAUAUGAUUUAAAUUUUAUUGUUAUUGUGAAAACAAUUUCAGUAUAAUUUAACUCAUUGGCUCGGAAUUAAUUUUGCUACGGCUGUGUUGAGUAGCACUCUGAGAUUCUUCAGAUGUGAUACUUUUUAUAUUGAAUAUUAUUUCCAAAUUUGGCACAAAUAAGUACAAUAUUUACUAUGUUAGUUUUGCAUACCACUUCUGUGAACAAGUUGUAUGGGUGGGAAUCAUUGGAAGAAAAGCUUCAUUGUGAGUAGUCUACACAGAUUGUGCUCUGGGAUUUAAUGUCCAGAUAACUAAUCAUCAGUAUUAAAAGCUUUAUGGGAAAAUAGUUAUUUGAGAUUGUCAUCAAUUGCUCUCAAGGACAAUAUUAAUGCAGGGAUGUAUAGAAAAUGUCAGUUUUUCUAGUUCAGGCAUGUUAUCAGGAUGUGUUUUUCAAGGAAAUGAUAUUUUCAGAUAAUGUUAUUUUUCUGUAAACUGUCUGUACAGCUCUCCAUUUUAACCAGUUCAAACUCUUGUUAACUAUAAGUGCCAUACCUUACCACAGGGAUGAUACUUUUCCUUUUGUACCUGUCACAUAACAGUGGUAAAUGAACCCAACACAGUCAUUCUAAGUGAUGGUGCCAAACAAUAUUAUUAUUAUGUAUGCUUCUUGUAAAACUACAGUGAAGAAAUACAAACCUCAGUUUUCUUUUCCUUUACUGUUUUAUUACACCCAAAAAUGACGGGCAUUUGGUAUGACUGUGAUAGGUAAAAAAUGUACAGUGCAUAUAACUUAUUUAAGCAUAUUUAAUGGACCAAAUAUAUUUGUUUUUGCAUUUCAUAAUUUACAUUUUUCAUUUUUGGUUUGUUUUUAAUUCCUUACUACGUGUAUUCCUCCUUCCCUUUUUUCACCCUGUUCAUUAAUAU